AUGUCUGAGACGGCGCCUGCCGCUCCAGCCGACCAGGUUCUGGCUUCUAUGGACAAACCUCAAGUGAGAAAGCGGGUAAAGAAGCCAGUUGGCUUGACGGGUGUGAAUCGGAAAACAGCAAGCGCAUCAGUGUCCAAGUUGAUUACUGAGGCACUUUCGGUCUCCCAGGAGAGAGCUGGCAUGUCCUUGGCUGUGCUGAAAAAAGCACUAUCAGUUGCAGGUUACGACGUGGAGAGAAACAAUAGUCGCAUCAAGCUGGGUCUCAAAGGCUUGGUGAGCAAGGGAAUCCUGGUACAGACUAGGGGUACCGGUGCGUCCGGCUCUUUCAAGCUCAGCAAGAAGGCUGCUCCUGAACUUAGUAAGGGAAAAGUCAAAAAACCUUCUGCGAAGAGUAGGAAGCUGGUCUUAUCCAGAGAUUCAAAGUCUCCGAAGAAUGGUAAAGCCAACAAAAGAGCUAAGAAGCCGAGGACCACGGCGGCUCAGAUAGCUGCUAGGAACGGGGGGAAAACCAAAAGAACCAAAUGCAAACAACGGAAGAGUCCAGCGCAGGCCAGGGCAGGAAACCCCAAAACUGGGAAGCCUAAGCUGACCCAGCAGGAAAUUAAUACUAGGAAAGCAACAGCCAAGAAGUAA